AUGAAUGCAACGCAGGGCCCAAGUAUUCAAGACUUAUUUUUGAAGAUCAAUCGCUUUCAUGUUGCACUCGAACGUUCUCCUCUCGACUCCAGAACAAUGAAAGCGGCAGUAGAUGUUUGGCCCUCAAUUAAUUUACUCCUCGAAAACUCCAAGAUAUAUGAUGCAGGUGCCCACAUAUUACACUAUACCAUUAUGCUUUCACACUAUCGACUUUACACUUGGGUUUCGGAGUCCAUUGAACAUGUACUUGAUCAUCCCUCGUCACACUGGUGGUACCGUCUUAUCAAGACCGUCGGAGAGGUAGUGGAAAGUGGGAAUCGUGGCAUGUUUUACUUUAACUCAUCGGAUUUCCUACCUACGAUUGAACCCCCAAGAACUUAUUUGUGGAACUUCCAUGGAAGGCAACAUGAUCAGCGCAGCGCUAAUAGCCUUCUUAGUUCGCGCAUUAUCUUUCACUGGCUUGGCUUGCCAAUAGAAUCUGAUGACAAACACAAUGUGCAGUCGUUGUUCCUGAAGAGCCUCAUGGACUCUAGUGCUACUGCGAGCAUUUUAUUGCUUGACGAGGUCUGGCUGCAUAUAGCACUCCUCGUAACCUCUGUAGCGCUCACUCAAAACGAGGGCCGUCAUCGUUCUUUGGAGAUUCAACAGCUUAUUGAUUUGCUCCAAGCUGCUCAUCGCCGAAUCAUGGGUCUUCCGACCUCCCUUAAUUCCCCAUCUUCGGCAAUAUUUGCAGAAUCACCUUCCACUCCUCCUCUUCUUCCUCCACAUACAACUUCAAACGAUAACAUCUCAUAUCGGAUUUCUCCAAUCGCAUCCUUAACGUCUGUUCGAGAAAAUAAUCGCGUCAUUUUCUUUCGCGAUUGGCUCCUCGAAAUCGCCGAGGCUUAUAUGCAGUUUCCACCGCUAUCUAUGGACCAACUCAAGCUAGAGCAGCGUAGGAUCCUUGAAAAUUCAGAUUCAUCUUGUCCAUUCCGGGAGCUUGCAUCCUCUCGGAAGCAGGUCUCAGGUCCAAAUGGAUUAUUCGCACAUCACUCCCGCGAAGGCACGUUCAGCGCAUUACUCUUCCGCGGCGUACUCUUCAAUACAGAAGCUUUACAAGAAACUGGACAUACUGGGUUUUUUGAGUCCCUUGAAGCCUGGUCCCAGUUUAAAGCUCUUUAUGCAGAUCGAGGGGAAAAUUUAUAUGCAACCCUUGUGCAUACGGUACAACCAGAGGACGGACUUCCUCUAACGAUCAUCUGGCAAUUUAUUGUCCAUGCUAAGAAUGACAAGAAGAACAAACUCUUCCCUUCGUUUGGAGAUCUUUCAGCAUAUCUGCUUACGGUCGACCUUACUUAUGCUCAUCGCAUCCCUUGGCCAAGCUUGGAUGAAGUUGCGCAUGCCAUAUACGUUCUCGCUAAAGGUGCCCUGCAUGGACUGCAAAAAAUGGAUCUAGUCCCAACAGAUACUUAUAGCGAAAUCAGGUCAAAGAGGGUUUUAAAAGCUUUGUAUAGGUUUCUAGAUGAAGAUGCGAAGUUCCAAAAAGUCAAACAGACUGUUUAUAUUUGA